GUCUACUUGUCGGCUUGUGGUGAUGUUCAUGUAUUUAGGAGUGUGAUAUAUUUUUGUGUGCGACCAAGCAGUAAUCGUUGAGAAAGUAUUUUCUUCAAUCGUGGUGUUUUAUCCGUGCGUGUAUCACCACGAUGACUGAGGAUGUCCAGAAACACUCAGUCCACACUCUGGUCUUCAGAUCUCUCAAAAGGACGCAUGAUAUGUUUGUGUCUGACCAUGCGAAAUCCGUCGCACUGGAUGAUGAAAGCUUCAAGUUAAAGAUGGAUGUGAAACUGAAGACGGAGUAUGGUGCAGUUUUGCACAUGCCUGUCCUGAAGGAGGGGAAAAACAGAGUGUCACAGCUUCCGGGCAGCAUGCAUGGUCAACAGGGCAACACACUGCCAGGGGAUGAGCCAGAAUACCUGAUCGCCGGGACACAUGCUUAUCCCUCUGGACCCGGAAUAGCUUUGACUGCUGACACAAAGAUGCACAGGAAUCCAAGCGAGGGAGGGGUCCACUCCAUGGCGCUGGCUUUGCCGCCCUCACAAGCCAGGCAGGACGCGAGCCGCACCGCAGCCAGUGUCGGUGACAUCCAUCGACACGCAGGAGGAGCUGAGAGAUCUCACCCUCCGUCGAGUGCUCUGUCACUCAUGGAGGGAGGCGGCACCAGAAAUUCUUCGCUCAUGAGAAAAGCACCAACCAUGCCUAAACCCCAGUGGCAUCCGCCAUGGAAGCUGUUUCGGGUCAUCAGUGGUCACCUCGGCUGGGUGAGGUCCAUCGCUGUGGAGCCUGGGAAUCAGUGGUUUGUCACAGGGUCUGCUGAUAGAACCAUAAAGAUCUGGGACCUGGCCAGUGGGAAACUGAAACUCUCCCUGACUGGACACAUCAGUACAGUGCGUGGUGUGGCGGUCAGCAAUCGCAGCCCCUACCUCUUCUCCUGUGGAGAAGACAAGCAAGUCAAGUGUUGGGAUCUGGAGUAUAACAAGGUCAUCAGGCACUACCACGGACACCUCAGUGCUGUGUAUGAUUUAGACCUACAUCCAACUAUUGAUGUGCUGGUGACGUGCAGCAGAGAUGCCACAGCAAGGGUGUGGGACAUCAGGACAAAAGCUAACGUGCACACACUAACCGGCCACACCAACACUGUGGCCACAGUGAGAUGUCAGGCUGCAGAGCCACAAAUCAUCACCGGCAGCCACGAUUCAACCAUCAGGCUGUGGGAUCUGAUUGCUGGAAAAACCAGAGCAACUCUGACAAACCACAAGAAGUCUGUCCGAACUAUUGUGCUGCACCCCAGACAAUACACGUUUGCCUCUGGUUCUGCCGACAACAUCAAACAGUGGAUGUUUCCAGAUGGGAACUUCAUCCAGAACCUGUCGGGCCACAACGCCAUCAUCAACACUCUGGCUGUGAACUCUGAUGGCGUGUUGGUCUCUGGAGCCGACAAUGGAACCAUCCACAUGUGGGAUUGGAGGACGGGCUACAACUUCCAGCGGAUCCACGCAGCUGUGCAGCCCGGAUCUCUGGACAGCGAGUCGGGCAUCUUUGCUUGCAUGUUCGACCACUCGGAGAGCAGACUGAUCACCGCCGAGGCUGACAAGACCAUUAAAGUAUACAAAGAGGACGACACCGCUACGGAAGAAAGCCAUCCAGUCAACUGGAAACCAGAAAUCCUGAAGAGAAAAAGAUUCUAAUGAUAUUUUUUUAUUCGUCUCACAGUCACAGUUUAUUUCUACCAAAUGUUGUAGAUACAUCCAUCAAAUUUUUUUGCUUCGUACUAUUUUUCCCAUCAGACAAACCCCAAGUCCCCUUUCACUCUAAAACCCAUUUGCAGUCUUCAUCGUACGAUGUCAGUCCGAUCAGGCGGCCGUUCCGGACUGCCAGGAAGCUCCCCGAGUGCCUGUUCUUGAUGAUGACGGUUCUGUGGUGGCUCUGGUCUGUCUGAUCCACCAACAGCAGCCACUCUUCAGACGCAGACAGACUGGCCUCAGAGUAGACCUGGUUCCUGCUGGGGUCAAACCCUGCCAGCGUGUUGAAGAAUUAGUUUUUUGUAUCGACUCAGUGGACUCGCUGCUUGUACAGACGUGUUAACAAGCUUUGCCCCUUUUUACUGGCUUGCAAUGUGAAGUUUAUUUUGCUCCAUUUAAUAAAAAAAAAAACACAUUU